ACACCUCAGCACACACCACUGCCGUCCCAUAACUCCUCUCUACACAGCAGCAUGGCUAUCAUCAUCUACUUCACCAGCGUCAGUGGAUCCAGGGAGCUGAAGCAGCAGCAGACUGAGAUCUUCCAGUUCCUGGAUGCCAAGAAGAUUCAGUACAAGGCGGUGGAUAUCGCCCAGGACUCCAGCGUGAAGGAGGAGAUGAGGAGCCGGGUGGGCAACCCCACCGCCAUGCCCCCGCAGCUCUUCAAUGGGGACACCUAUUGUGGGGAUUACUCCGUGUUCUUCCAGGCCAUAGAGGAUGGAAAAGCAGAGACCUUCUUCAAACUCUGAUUAGAGUCACAAAAUGUACUUUCACUUCAGUUUUGCUGUUUCCUAAAUAAACUAUUUUGUUUUGGAGAUAUUUGGAGUGAUCCCCUCACUAUCUUUUCCUGAUUAUAAAUCAGCUAUUUCAAAUGACCUGAAAAUUAACCUUUAC